GGAUACUCGGUUUUCAUAACUUUUUAAUACUACAGUCUUUACUUUUAGACGACUCGCUGAUAUGUCGUACGGCGGCGGCUACGGAGGCGGCUACGGAGGCUCUCGUGGCGGCGGUGGUGGUGGUUAUGGUGGCGGCGGCUACGGUGGCGGAUCUUCAAAUGGCAAUGGCUAUCGCGGCGGCAGCAACGGUUACUCAAGCGGAGGUUAUGGAGGUGGCGGCGACAAGAUGUCGAAUCUCGGUUCAGGCCUUCAGAAGCAGAGCUGGGAUGUCGAUGCCCUCCCCAAAUUUGAGAAAUCUUUCUAUAAGGAACAUCCUUCCGUAACGGAACGCUCUGAUCGUGAUGUUGAAGCGUUCCGCAAGGCCAACCAAACUGUGGUCCACGGAAAGAACGUCCCGAAGCCCGUUGAGACUUUUGACGAGGCUGGAUUUCCCGCUUACGUUAUGAAUGAGGUCAAGGCCCAGGGAUUCGAGAAGCCAACGGCUAUUCAAUCGCAGGGCUGGCCCAUGGCUCUGUCUGGACGUGACGUUGUCGGCAUUGCUGAGACUGGCUCUGGCAAAACCCUGACCUACUGUCUUCCUGCAAUCGUUCACAUCAACGCCCAGCCUCUCCUGGCCCCUGGCGACGGACCUAUCGUCCUCAUUCUCGCUCCUACCCGUGAGCUUGCCGUCCAGAUUCAGGGUGAGAUCUCCAAAUUUGGCAAGUCUUCUCGCAUCCGGAACACCUGUGUCUACGGUGGUGUUCCCAAGGGUGGUCAGAUCCGAGACCUUGCUCGUGGUGUCGAGGUCUGCAUCGCCACGCCUGGUCGUUUGAUUGACAUGAUCGAAUCUGGAAAGACCAACCUUCGCCGUGUCACCUAUCUUGUCCUCGACGAGGCCGACCGCAUGCUGGACAUGGGUUUCGAGCCUCAAAUUAGAAAGAUCAUUGGCCAGAUUCGUCCUGAUCGUCAGACCUGCAUGUGGUCUGCCACUUGGCCCAAGGAGGUGCGCCAAUUGGCGUCUGACUAUCUCAAUGACUUUAUUCAGGUUAACAUUGGUUCUCCCGACCUUGCUGCCAACCACCGCAUCUUGCAAAUCGUCGAAGUCGUUUCCGAGUUUGAGAAGCGUGACAAGAUGACCAAGCACCUUGAACGCAUCAUGGAGGACAAAGACAAUAAGAUUCUCAUCUUCACUGGUACUAAGCGUGUGGCGGACGAAAUCACUCGUUUCCUUCGUCAAGACGGCUGGCCGGCGCUCUCGAUCCACGGUGAUAAACAGCAAAACGAACGCGAUUGGGUCUUGAACGAAUUUAAGACGGGCAAGAGCCCCAUCAUGGUUGCUACCGAUGUAGCAUCGCGUGGUAUUGAUGUCCGCAAUAUCACUCAUGUGUUCAACUAUGACUAUCCUAAUAACUCAGAGGAUUAUGUUCACCGCAUUGGACGUACUGGCCGUGCUGGUGCAAAGGGCACUGCCAUCACGCUCUUCACAACCGACAAUGCUAAGCAGGCCCGCGAGCUUGUCAGCAUUCUCACAGAAUCUAAGCAGCAGAUCGACCCGCGCCUCGCCGAGAUGGCCCGCUACUCCGGUGGUGGUGGCGGUGGCCGUGGCUGGGGAGGUCGCGGACGUGGCGGCUAUGGCGGCCGCGGUGGUAAGUUCUAGAAGCAUUUUACAAAAUGAAUUCAGGGCUCCGCUAAUAAUUUGAUUUCUCAGGCUACCGUGGAGGCUCUGGCUACUCGGGAUCUAACGCUGCACCGCUUGGCAGAAGCCGAUGGUAAUUAUAAUUACCUCGACUCUUCUGCAAAUUUUUUUUUCUAAUCGACCCUUAGAUUGCUGUGAACGGUUUUCAAGUUCUUUCUGAUAGACUAUUCCCCAGCCGCAUUUGCGGUGAAUGUUCAUCAAUGGGUGCAUAGUAUCUUUGCUACUAAUUUCUGCGCAUAUUAUUUUUCU